UGAAAAAUUCCAAAAAGGGGAAGGAAAGGAAGAAGAAAAAUAUAUUGACGUAGUCAUCAAUAAAAAUAUGAAAUUGGGGCAAAAAGUUUUGAUUCCAGUAAAACAAUUCCCUAAGUUCAACUUUGUGGGAAAGCUUUUGGGUCCACGUGGCAAUUCUCUAAAGCGUUUACAGGAAGAAACACUCACAAAAAUGUCUAUUUUGGGGAAAGGUUCUAUGAGGGAUAAGACAAAGGAGGAAGAGUUGAGAAAAAGUGGAGAGGCAAAGUAUUUCCACCUAAAUGAUGACCUGCAUGUUUUAAUUGAAGUAUUUGCUCCACCAGCAGAAGCAUAUGCCAGAAUGGGACAUGCAUUGGAAGAAAUCAAGAAGUUCCUCAUCCCUGACUACAACGAUGAAAUCAGACAGGCGCAGCUUCAAGAAUUAACAUAUUUAAAUGGUGGUUCAGAAAAUGCAGAAGUUCCAGUAGUUCGUGGAAAAGCAUCUAUUCGAGCAAGAGGAGUACCGGUUCCUGCUUUGUCCAGGGGCCGUGGAGGAGUGCCUCCGCCACCAGCAGGAGUACCGAGAGGGGCACCAGCACCCAGAGGAGUGCCUCCCAGUAGAGGACCAGUCAGUCGUAGCCGUGGACUUCUAGCACCCAGAGCAAGGGGAGUACCUCCACCUGCAGGUUACCGACCCCUGCCACCACCUCCAGCACAGGAGACAUACGGUGAAUAUGAGUAUGAUGAUGGUUAUGGAACUGCUUAUGAUGAACAAAGCUAUGAUUCCUAUGAUAACAGCUAUAGCACUCAAGCACAAAGUGGAGCAGAUUACUAUGACUAUGGCCACGGACUGAGUGAAGAAACAUAUGACUCUUAUGGGCAAGAAGAAUGGACCAACUCACGACACAAGGCACCUUCUGCAAGGACAACAAAAGGAGUCUACAGAGACCAGCCAUAUGCCAGAUACUGAUUGUACUGUCUGAUGUUGUGAAAUAUCCAAUCUCCACCAGUCCUGUAUACUGUUCAAAGUAAUUUUUUCUAUGAACACUCCCUUUUUAUUAAAUCAAAGCGCAUAAAAAUCUGAAUGGAUGGACUGAACUUAAAAUAUUUUGUUGAAAGAACAACCUGGACAGAAGGAUAUGUAAAACAAGGAACUUUGUUAUUUCCAAACUGUAUUUGAAAAAAUAGGUGAUCAAAAAAAUAACCUUUGAUUAACUAGUGUUAAACAAAAAAUAGGUUUACUAAAUAUGUUAGUCCAUUCUUUUAACAUAAGCGUAACCUUUUAUUUUAAAGGUUUUCAACAAUUUAGUUUUUAGUUUUUAUUUUCAGCCAUUUGCUAGAUUUUCUCUGCAAACAUGCGUAAAAAGGGAAGCAAAUUACAAAUGCAAAUAAUGUGGUAUUUUGUAACUCAAGUCUUGAAAUGUUCUGUAGUGUUAAGCAAAGUUUUACCCUUGCUUGAUACUAAAUAAACUUUUGAAAGAAAA